AAAAAGCACUGUUACAGCAGAGAAAUAAUCAACCAAAAACAACGAAUAAACGAAUAUUAGAUGAAUGGGAUCAUGGAUGAGUUCGAAAGUCCGACAUCAUUUAUGUUCAUAAACCUAGGCCUGUGUGAAGUAAAGAGUCCUACAUCAUUCUUGUUCAUAAACCUAGGCCUAUGUAAAGUAACGAGUCCUAUCAUUCAUGUUAAUCCAUGUAUGCAAAUAGAGGACACACUCAUGGUGUUGCUUUAACGGAUCUCCACAUAUUUUUUCUUAUUUUGUACACUGUAUCAUCUUCGAUACAUGCCAAGCGUUGGCCGUGCUGCUUUAUUUCAGAGGUAAUUUUCCUCCGGUGUCGUGUCGGUCCUCCGGUGUUGGUCCCCUGCUGGUGGUGCGGGACGUGGGUCCGCUGAUCAUUCCUUAUGCCCCGUCAGUCGUGAUGUCUGAGCCCACUCCCCCGCACGGCCUCCGUGAGUCCCGAAGGGAAGAGCAGAGGAAUGGCUCUUGGGCGAAACCAGCCCCUGAAGAGAGAGAGGCCUAAAUGGAAGAGUGACUACCCCAUGACUGAGGGCCAGCUGCGGAGCAAGAGGGAUGAGUUCUGGGACACGGCGCCCGCCUUCGAGGGCCGGAAGGAGAUCUGGGAUGCACUGCGGGCCGCAGCCAGUGCUUUCGAGAGCGGCGACCACAUGCUGGCCCAGGCCAUCCUGGACGGAGCCAGCAUCACCCUGCCCCAUGGGGCCCUGACGGAGUGUUACGACGAGCUGGGGAACCGCUACCAGCUGCCCGUCUACUGCCUCUGCCCCCCCGUCAACAUGAUCGAGGAGCACUCCGACGAGCCCGACGGCUCCGACCCGGACUCGGGCGCGGCCGACCCGUCGGGCGCGACCCCGGCCCCGGGAGGGGAGCGCCUCCUCAGACUGCGUCUCUCCACGGGCCGCGACCUGCGGCUGGCGGUGCGCUCGGCCGACACAGUGGGGGCCAUGAAGCGCCGCCUGCAGGCGGUGGAGGGCGUGGCGCCGGCCGCCCAGCGCUGGUUCUUCUCCGGGCGGCCCCUGACGGACCGCCUGCGGCUGGACCAGCUCAACGUGUCCCGGGACUAUGUGGUGCAGGUGAUCAUCAGCCAGCCCCCCGCGCCGGACACGCCGCCGCUCGGACACGGACAGGCGGCGGGGGAGGGGCCGUGCACGGAGCCGGAGGACCACCGCCCCACCGCCAGCCCCGCUGACUAUUAGCCAGGGGGGGGACCCGGAGACACGUUUGACUGGACCUGAGAUGGAGCCGGAGGAGAGACGGG